AUGUUUACGAUCCUCCUGCUGAGCCUUUGCGGCCUAUGCGCUGGAUAUGAAGCGUAUCACGACACACAGUCAUGCGGCGAAAACCGCGGUAAACUAAUGGACGACAACACUCGCUAUAAGAUCUUAUAUUACCACGAAGGAACUCGAAAUGUACUUGCUCUGGAGAGUUCGCCAGGUAUUGCAACUGGUUUCCUUCCACCUGCUAAGAAUUUAUUCAAAAUAAGAUGGAACUGCACCCUUGAAGCAAAGGCGAGGGAAUUGACGAAGAAUUGUGCUCAUUCCAAAGACCAAUUGCAGGAUCAAGGAAAGAAUGUUUACCAUGACAUUGUGCCAGAACCAGUAACUGAAAACCCAAGCGAGCUUAGAAUGCGAAAGUAUAACUUCAUAAGUGCAGCAAUAGAUGAUUGGCUCAUGCCAACAGAAACAUAUCCCAUAGAGGGUGACGUUAGAUACAAGGAGAGUUUGUAUAGUGAUAGCAAUCUGUACACCUUCGCCAAUAUGGCCUAUGAUAAGAUUUACGAAGUCGGCUGUAAUUAUGAAGAGUGUCCCAAAGGGGAUGAGACACAAGCCUCGCUUAUUUGCAUCUACAACACAAAGGUUCCUGACCACACACAGCUGUACCAAGUGGGAAGCAAAGACCCAGAUCAUGCGGGCUGCAACAAGGAUAAAACCGUCUGCCAAUUUCUUGGUAAAGCAAAUGCCACAUGCGAUGACCUUCUCUGCAAACUACCCAACGUGGUUUCAAGUUUCCUCUGA